UGAAGUCACAAUCUCAUCUCGCGAUACUAAUGAAAAUCUGUAAACGCAGUCCGGCAGGAGCCGAGGAGCCAGAGUGUUCGUUGUUGCGGGACAUUUAAACAGCGAUCAGGGACUGCGGACUGUGCUGUAGAAAGCGGGACUCUUAUGCUGCGAUAAGAAAUGUCUCUGCUAGAAAAGGAAGCUCAUGCUGAGCUGAGCAGCGCUACUGCUGACCUCCGUUACAGAUUGAACAGCGCUAAAAAAGAAAUUGUUGAACUAGUUGGAAAACAUAACAAAGAGAUUUGCAGUUAUGAAAAUCAGUUUGCCAGGUUACGUUCACAGGUUGAGAAAGGAGAGGCAGUUCGACAAAACUUGGAAUAUGAGUUGGCUGUGGCAAAAAAGCAAUACAAAGUUGCCAAAACCUCAGGGGAAGAAGAAAAGGCAAAUUCUGUUCGAAUACAGGCUCAGUUCAAAGCCCAGAUUGAUGAACUGCAACAAAAGAUGUUCAGCGUGGAGAAUGUUUUUCAAGCUGCACAGCUUGGUUGGCAAGAAAGACAAAAAAUGUUUGAAAGGGACUUGCAAAAUCGGGAUAACAUUAUUCAGAACUAUAUAAAAGAACAAGAAGCCCUUAUAUCAGAAAAGAACAACCUCACAUACCUUCUCCAGAAAGAAAAGUUGAAUGUACAAGAGCUACAGCAAAAACUGCUGCAAAUGCAGAGUGAACACUCUGGGAACCUGGAAACUUUGAAGAAGCAGAAAAUUGAGCUGGAUUAUAGUCAUGAAAGAGAAGACAGACUGCAGGUGGAACUUAAAGAAGCAAAACAAAAAAUAAAGCACUUGGAGGAUAAUGUAGAGGCUGAAAGAGCCACACAUCUGGAAUCUAAAUUUAAUUCUGAAGUCAUCCAGUUGCGGAUACAUGAUCUUGAAAACGCCCUGCAGGUGGAAAAAGCCACUCUGGCACAAACUCAUUCUGAGUUGGAUACCUUGAGGAAACGGUUCUGUGAAGUGGAAGCAGCUUAUAAUUCAGAAAAAAACUGUGCAGAACAGUUGACUGAAAAACUCAAAAAGUCAGAACAAGAUUUCUGUAUGUUGGUUAAUCGGCUGAAAUCAGAAAUUGAGCAAAAAAACAACUUAAUCGCAGAACUCACUGGAAAACAAAAACAUAUAGAGAACGGUUAUAUCACGAUGGAGGAGGAGCUUGCUAUUACCAAGAAACACUAUUAUUCUCUGGAGGAAAUUCAUAAAGACAACCUGAGAGAGUUGCAGUCAGUUGUCGACAACUUCAUAUCUUCACAUCAUGGUACAUUAGAGGUUGGCAAAGAGAGAGUUAAACCUGCAGGCUUUUCAGUACUCCUUGAGACUCUGCAGCAUAUCUUGACAGAUAAUAGGAACCGGCUUGAAGACUUUUCUAACAAGCUUGAAGCAGCCAAAUAUGGCUAUACACGGGUAACUGAAGAAAUGAAGUCUGCAAAGGCAAUGAUACAGACACUGUGUGACAACCUUGAGAAAACACAAUGUGACCUGGAAUCUGCCGAAAAGGAGUCCCAUGUUCUGCACACAAGAUGCACAGAUCAAGAAUGCCAAAUAGCUGUUUUGCAGAUGGACUUGGAGAAAGCCCAAAACGGAUGGGAGGAAGCGAAACUAAGGGUUUUAAAGUGUGAUCGUGAACUCCAAAAUCUUGCCAAGGCUUAUGAGAAGGAUACAGAGGAAAAGUUAACAUUCCUCCACAACUUGUACCAGCGUUUGGUUGCAGGCUGUGUCCUCAUAAAAAAGCCCCAGAGCUUGUUGGAUAAAUUCUCCUGGGUGGAGCUUUGCACUGUACUGGAGGAGAAUGUUGAUUUCCUGAUAUCUGACUUGUGCCAAUCUAAUCAAAAGGUGUUCAGUCUAGAGGGUUUUUGUAAAUCCAAGGCUGGAGUUAUUAAGAACCUGCAACAGAACCAUGAAGAAUCCCUCAAAAAGCUGGCUGAGGAGAUGAAAGCACAGGAAAUCACUUGGCUAAAACAGCGGAGAGAUUUGGAAGAACGUUCCACUAAACUCAUUCAGGAGGCACGGAAAUUUAAGAGUAUAGCAGAAAAAUCCAAGGACAAAAUUGCUGUAUUUGAAAAAACAAAAGAUCAAGUGGCUCUUGAAAAUGUUCACAUAAAAAAUCUCCUGAUUACCACUGAAAAGGACCAUAAAUCUCUUCUUGCAGCCUGUGCACUGCUGGCUGGUGCUUUAUAUCCUCUCUACAGCAGAACCUGUGUGCUGGCAUCCCAGCGAGAUUUCCUUCAGCAUCAGACCACCAGCUGUGUAGAAGUCAGAAAUGAAAUCUGGACACUGAUCCAAAUCUUAUCUAGGACCAAAGAGAAAAAUCAGGGUAAUACCAAGAAGCAAUGCAAAGGCAUCCUACUCUUUCGUAAAGCUGUGAUCGCAGUGCUAACUGUGAACAGGCUUAAUCGCCUUGGCAGAUCCUGCAGUUCUCUUUUUACUUGGACUGAUAAUGCUUGGAUGGGUACUGGAAUCAUGGUUUGUACAGGAGGAACACAGGUCAUGCAGAGAAGGACAUGUAAGCAAGAUGAGCCGAUGCGCUGUCAGGAGGCUGUGAAUUGGUUCACCAGCUCUGAUCUUCUUACUGCUAUCGUUGCUUCAGUGUCUGAGUUGCUUGAAGUUUUAAAUAAGAUAGAUCCAAGUCAUCCAUCUCACGUUAACGUAAUUCAAAAUGCUGCAAGAAAUUCAUUUGCAAAGCUAAUGAAGAAAAUUGCUAUUCAAAUGGAAAUGAAAGCCGUUCAUAAAGACAGAGGACCAUCAUUUGGGGAUGCAGAUUCCCUUUUUCACAGAUUAGCACUUGGUCAUCAGAGAAUCCUCUCCAAAGCCAGAGGGACUCAAGAGACAAAUUCUUUUACAGCUACGAAAUCCAUAGAAGUUUUGAAGAAUCAAAUACACAAGUUCAUACAGCGAUUACAUAAAGCGGAGGUAGAGCGUCGUUCAAUGCGUUUAGAACUGGCUGAGUUAAAGCAAAAAGUCUGCACCCUUGAAACAAAUACUGACAGCACAGAGAGACUUAAACAUAACAGGAAGAUCAAACAAACUAAAGCAGUUUCUAACGAGAAGUUUAAGAAUCUAUGCGAAGAGCUAAAAAAUGCAUUGUUACGGGAACAGCAAGCACAACUUCUGCUACAAGAGCAAUCUCAGCAGCUGCAGGAGCUAAGUUACAGGAUAGAAUUGCAUUCCACAGAAGAGGCAGAGAAGGAUCAAACUUUAACAGAAGCUGUCAAGAGUCUCUCCGAGGCUAAGUUAGAGCUAGAGAGAAAAGGUCAGUGUUUGCGCCAGCUGAACAGACAACUGCAAAGAAUCGAACAGGACAAACUUCAGCUUCAAGUGGGCAUUCAUGAUGCUGAAAAUGCCCUGUGGAUGGUAGCAACAGAUAAAGAAAUUCUUAUGAAGCACAUGAAAUCAAUUGACUCGGUCUUUGAAAAGGUCAGAGAUCAGAUGUCACUGGUGUGCUCAUCAAGGAAUGAUAUCAUUCUUCAGCUUCCCAAACUGCACCUAGAGAUGUUACCUCUUCUGGAACACUUGGGCCGGCCAGAGUUCCUUGCAUGCCAGAAAAUGAUUAAGAGUUUCAUGCAGGUCUAUGAUUUUGCAUGCACCAAAGUAAGUGCCCUUGAAAGAGAAGUAGAAUCCCACCAAAAUCACAUUGCAGCCCUUAAAUCUGAACUGAAAACGGCCUGCUUGCGUGAAAAUGAAAGCUUGUCUCUGCCGAGAUGGUACGAUGAUAACAUCAAAGAAGUAACAAAGACAGAGUUUAUGUUAGAAAUAACUAAUGGCCAAGAUUUCCUGCCUCUUCAGGCUGAACAAGAGCUGACACACAAUCAAGUAAAAUACGGUUUAGAAAGCAGCAGAUUUCACCUUCUACCAACUGAAGCUUCAUCUGUUGCUUGUUACUCCUCGCUACCUCAACGGAUGCUUUCGACUACAUCUUAGUAUUCAUAUAUACAUAUUGUAAUUUGUAAGUGUGUGAAGCCAUCUAUGAUGUUAGUCACUUUUAUACAAUGCACUAUAUUUAUUGAACUGUUUAUGCAUUAUCCACUGUUAAUGUUUAAUGAUUUUAUAUAAAAAAAAAAAAUCCAAUGGAGAUUUUAUUUUGCUAACAUUUUUUAAAUAUAUUGAUGGCAUUGUAAGUAUUCUGUUUUAGCCACAAA